AUGUCUGAAGCACCACGCCGCUCCACCCGGUUGAACAAGAACCAGGAAGACGACUCCAAGGGAAAGGCUAAGCCUGUCGACCAGGACAUCGAGAUGGAAGACACCGCCGCAGACGCGACUACAGAACCCGCCGAGAAGGUUCUCACACCUAAGGAGCUCGAAGCACUCGUCGUCGCAGAUAUCAAGCAGCACUUUGCUCUGUUCAUAAAGUCGGCCAAGACUCACGAGGCACGUUUCGCCGUCCGUGCCUUGCGUGCAGUCAGCUCUCUGCGCAAGCGUCUUACUUCUCACAUCCUCGCCCAGACCAUCGCCAACUGCUACGUCAAAGGCAAGUUGUUUUCUUAUGAUGAUACGCGUAAGCGUCUUCUUGGAUAUCUUGGAUCGGAGGCAGCAGCCACUAUUACUGCCGAGCAUGAGACGACUGUCACCAAGUCUGAGACUCCCGAAGUCGAUGUGUAUCUGCACUUGUUGGUUAUGAUCUAUCUUCUCGAUCAGAACCAACUGGAGAAGGGUAUGGAGCUGUCCAACAUCACCGUCAAGACUGUGCAGGAGUUGAACAGGAGAUCGUUGGAUCAGUUGGCUGCCAAGGUCUACUUUUACUAUGCCCGUUUCUACGAGCUCACUGGACGUUUGUCAGAGAUCCGCCCCACCCUCUUGAACGCCCAGCGCACGGCUACCCUCCGUCGAGAUGAUGACACCCAGUCGACCUUGAUCAACUUGCUCUUGCGCAAUUACUUCCACUACAACCUCUACGACCAGGCUGACAAGCUGGUCUCAAAAACCACGUUCCCCGAGAACGCCACCAACAACCAGUUGGCCAGAUACAUGUACUACCUUGGAAGGAUCAAAGCCAUCCAGCUUGAGUACACCGAGAGCCACCAGUCUCUCUUGCAGGCCGUGCGCAAGGCCCCUCAGAACAAUGUCACCGCAGGAUUCCAGCAGGAGGCAAACAAGUUGUUGAUUAUUGUACAGUUGUUGAUGGGAGAAAUUCCUGAGCGCUCGUUAUUCCGCCAGCCAGUUCUCCGCAAGGCGCUUGUGCCUUACUUCCAGAUCACACAGGCUGUGCGCGUGGGAGACUUGAACAAGUUCCAGGAGACGCUCGCAACUCACGCUGCCACGUUCAACGCAGACAAGAACUACACACUGAUCUUGCGUCUGCGCCACAAUGUCAUCAAGACUGGUAUCCGUAUGAUUUCGCUGUCAUACUCUCGCAUCUCGCUGCGCGACGUUUGCCUGAAGUUGCACCUGGACAGUGAGGAGGAUGCCGAGUACAUUGUUGCAAAGUCGAUCCGCGAUGGAGUUAUUGACGCCACUAUUGACCACGAGAAGGGCUUCAUGCGCUCCAAGGAGAACGUUGACAUUUACUCUACCAACGAGCCCCAGCAUGCCUUCCACCAGCGCAUCGGCUUCUGCCUCAAGCUCCAUAACGACUCCGUCAAGGCUAUGCGCUUCCCUUUGAAGGCGGUGCAGUUGGAUGCGGCAGAGGUGGAGGCUGCACGAGACCAGGAGAGGACUUUGGUUCAGGAGAUUGCAGAGGCCGACGAGGACAUGGAUGAGGACGGUGAACUGUAA